GUUUUUGUGAGGUUUUUGUGUAUUUUCAAUUGUAGAAACAUUCGGGAAUUAAAUUUUUCUUAAUAUUCGUAUAAUUUGAGUUUCUUUCUCUGUCAAAAGUUAUUAUGGUAGCAUUAGAGGACUAGAAAAAGUGAAAAGAAUAAAGUGCACUCACAAAAAGACAAAAAUAAUGUACAUAAUGAGUGUAUAGCGUCUCAUGAUUUUUCUUAAUUUUCUUAGAGAUGAAACACAUCAAGACAACAAAAGAGUGAUAAUCAAAGAUCAAAAUACCUAAAUAAUCAGGAUAUUCCAAACUUUAACCAUCUUUCUCGCUCUCAUUUCUCAUCAAAUUUAGAACGAAAGUAAAGCAAGCUAGCGCCACUAACAAAGCACUAUUUCACAGAUUGCAGCAUCAUUGACAACAGACGAGAAUAAAAGUGAAAAAAAUAGAAACGAGGACACUAAGGAGGGGAGGGAGGAUAAGGAGAAACAUUUUUUUUUCUUCUUUCGUUGUGGUCCUUUUUUUGUUCAAACGUUCGUCGCUGAAUAAAGAAGGAGAAGACACAAAGAAACACAGAAACAGAACAAAGUCUGCAAUUGAACUAUUUGUUGGUGAUUUGUCCAAGGCAAUUAUUUAUGUGCUAAUAUGAAGACAGAAAACUUGAUUGUUACUACUGUUAAGGUUGAACCAUUAAACUAUGCUUCACAGUCUUUUGGAGAUAAUAACAUAUAUGGAGGAGCUACAAAGAAACAACGAUUAGAAAGUGACGAGUGGAUGAAUCACAACCAAACAAAUAUGAAUAUUGAAUCUUCCAAUAUGAAUCAUAAUACAAUUAGUGGCUUCUCAUCACCGGACGUUAACUAUGAGGCGUACAGCCCCAAUUCAAAACUUGAUGAUGGCAAUAUGAGUGUUCACAUGGGCGAUGGACUUGAUGGGAAAAAGUCGUCAUCGAAAAAAGGACCUGUGCCACGUCAACAGGAAGAGUUGUGCCUCGUUUGCGGAGAUCGUGCCUCGGGAUAUCAUUAUAAUGCUUUAACAUGUGAAGGGUGCAAGGGAUUUUUCCGUCGUAGUGUUACAAAAAAUGCUGUUUAUUGUUGUAAAUUUGGUCAUGAAUGUGAAAUGGACAUGUAUAUGAGACGAAAGUGUCAGGAGUGCCGCUUGAAAAAAUGUUUGGCUGUGGGAAUGCGACCUGAAUGUGUCGUUCCAGAAAAUCAAUGUGCUAUUAAACGGAAGGAGAAGAAGGCACAAAAAGAGAAGGAUAAGGUCCCAGGACCUGGCAUAGUUGGAAGUAAUUCGUCGUCGUCGGCGUCUCUCCUGACUCAAAGCUUAAAUAAUGGAUCUUUAAAGAAUCUCGAGAAUUCAUAUCGAGAAGAGCUACUUGAACAGCUUAUGAAAUGUGAUCCACCGCCUCAUCCAAUGCAACAGCUUUUACCAGAAAAGCAUUUAAUGGAGAAUCGUGUUAAAGGCAUACCUCAACUCACGGCUAAUCAAGUCGCCGUUAUUUAUAAGCUUAUCUGGUAUCAAGACGGUUACGAACAGCCAUCCGAAGAGGACUUGAAACGUAUAACGACGGAACUGGAGGAAGAAGAGGAUCAAGAGCACGAGGCAAAUUUCCGAUAUAUAACAGAAGUCACAAUAUUGACAGUGCAACUGAUUGUGGAAUUCGCAAAAGGGCUUCCAGCAUUUAUUAAAAUACCACAAGAAGAUCAAAUUACUCUCUUAAAGGCUUGCUCCAGUGAAGUUAUGAUGUUGCGCAUGGCUCGACGAUACGAUCACGAUUCUGAUUCUAUAUUGUUUGCAAAUAAUACAGCAUACACUAAGCAAACGUAUCAAUUAGCGGGCAUGGAAGAGACAAUUGAUGAUUUACUGCACUUUUGUCGACAAAUGUAUGCAUUAUCUAUUGAUAAUGUCGAAUAUGCUCUUCUCACGGCCAUCGUCAUCUUCUCAGAUCGACCUGGUCUUGAAAAGGCUGAAAUGGUAGACAUAAUUCAAAGCUAUUAUACAGAAACUCUCAAGGUUUAUAUCGCCAAUCGACAUGGUGGCGAAACAAGAUGCAGCGUUCAAUUUGCAAAGCUUUUAGGCAUUCUUACUGAACUACGAACAAUGGGCAAUAAAAAUUCUGAAAUGUGCUUUUCAUUAAAACUGAGAAACCGAAAACUGCCACGAUUCUUAGAAGAAGUCUGGGAUGUCGGCGAUGUCAAUAACCAACCGACGGCAACAACAAAUACAGAAAACAUCGUUCGGGAACGAAUAAAUCGAAUCUAAAGCUAUAUGACUUCGUAUUUUAUAUAUUUACCUACCCUUAAAAAAUUUCAAAAGAAAAAAAAUUAUGGAAAUAAGUGUAAUUACUACAUUUCGGAUUUUAUGAAACAUAACAAUAUGGAGAUAAUAUAUAUAUCUAGAAUUACAUUUAUUUAGGUAUAAUACAUGAAAAAAAGUAACGAUGAACAUGAAAAGUCACAUAAAGCAUUAUUAUUCGAAAAACAAAAAAAAAAAACAUGAGAGAAAAAGAUUAUUUUGUUGAAUUGUCAACAAAAGGAUGUAAAUGGAUCAGCCCGAUUCGAUUCUUGAUAUAUAUAAAAUCGCAAUGAGUAUAUAUCUAAAUAAAAAAUAAUAAUAAUAAUAUAAUUA